GGCCGGCCGCCAUCUUGUCGUGAGACAGCAGGAGCCGGCGCGAUGUGGAGCGCUGCAGUCAUGUCCGCGGGCCCGGGCCGAGACCUCCCCCUGGAGCCGCACGCCGGCGCGGGCCCUGUUCAGCUACGCUUCUCGCCCUACGCUUUCAACGGAGGUACUGUCUUGGCAAUUGCUGGGGAAGAUUUUUCCAUUGUCGCCUCAGAUACUCGGUUGAGUGAAGGUUUUUCAAUUCACACCCGGGACAGCCCAAAAUGUUAUAAAUUAACAGAUAAAACAGUCCUUGGAUGCAGUGGUUUUCAUGGAGACUGUCUCACCUUAACCAAGAUUAUUGAAGCAAGACUAAAGAUGUAUAAGCAUUCCAACAAUAAGGCCAUGACAACAGGAGCCAUUGCUGCGAUGCUGUCUACAAUCCUGUACUCCAGGCGCUUCUUCCCAUACUAUGUGUACAACAUCAUCGGGGGACUGGAUGAAGAAGGGAAGGGAGCUGUGUACAGCUUUGACCCAGUGGGGUCCUACCAGCGAGACUCCUUCAAGGCUGGAGGCUCUGCCAGCGCCAUGCUGCAACCCCUGCUGGACAACCAGGUUGGCUUUAAAAACAUGCAGAAUGUGGAGCAUGUCCCACUGACCUUGGACAGAGCCAUGCGGUUGGUGAAAGACGUCUUCAUCUCUGCAGCCGAGAGGGAUGUGUACACUGGGGACGCCCUCCGCAUCUGCAUUGUGACCAAGGAGGGCAUUCGGGAGGAGACUGUGCCCCUGCGCAAGGACUGACGGGGUGCUCCAUGCGGUGUGUGCCUGGGCUGUUGGAUGAGUUGGUUUAUUAAAAGGAAACCUGACCUGUG